AUGCAGAUUUCUUCAUGGGUUUUCAAAAUCUUGAUCCUUCUCUUAGUCUAUGGCUCCAUAUGGUCCAAUGCCCAAACCACACCGUCUUCAGGCUCAGUCUGCUCUGUGGUUGAUAGAGCAGCACUUCUUGGGUUCAAAGCAAGAAUCUUGAAGGACACAACUGGCAUUUUGUCAUCUUGGAUAGGUAAAGAUUGUUGUGGAGGAGGUUGGGAAGGUGUUCAAUGUGAUGAAGUCACUGGGAGGGUGACCAGAGUGGUGUUACAGAGGCCACCUGAUAGAUUUAGUGGUAUUUACAUGAAGGGUACCCUAUCUCCUACUUUAGGUGACUUGAAGUUCUUGGAAGUUUUGGUGAUUAGUGGGAUGAAGAGGUUAUCUGGAAAGAUCCCAUCGAGCUUUGCGGGUCUUAUUCAUCUCACCCAACUUGUUCUAGAAGAUAAUUCACUUGAAGGAACCAUCCCUUCAAGUUUAGGCCAGUUGGUUUUACUCCAAACCCUCUCCCUAAGUGGCAACCACUUGAUUGGCUCAAUCCCUCCAACCUUUCAGUACUUUAACAAGCUUCUCCAGAUAAAUUUGGCAAGAAACUCCCUUUCGGGUACUGUUCCAGAGGGGUUGGGACACUUGGCCAGUUUGCGGUAUCUAGAUUUGAGUUACAAUAUGUUAUCUGGCUCCAUCCCUGCCAGUUUGGGACGCCAGUCGAAUAUGACAUUUCUAGACCUGUCCAAUAACAGAUUGACAGGUCAGAUACCUGAUUCAUUGUGCAACCUGCCGUAUCUUCUUGACUUGUCCUUAAGCAACAAUCUAUUGACAGGACAAGUCCCACCCAGGAUAGGACAGCUCAAGUCUCUUACUACCCUCUCUCUAAGUUUCAACCAGCUUGUUGGUCAAAUCCCAGAAUCUAUCUCGCGGUUACCUAACUUGUGGUCCCUAAACUUAUCUAGAAAUGCACUUUCUGAUCCUUUGCCUAGUGAUGCCUUAUCUAAGGGUAUCCCUUCUCUACUGUCCAUAGACCUAUCUUACAAUAAGUUCAAUCUGGGAACCAUUCCAAAUUGGAUUACAAGCAGACAAAUGUCAGAUGUUCAUUUAGCAGGAUGCAAUCUCAAAGGGUUUCUACCGAUCUUUACAAAACCAGAUUCGCUCACCUCUAUAGACCUAUCUGACAACCAUUUUACAGGCAGGUUUUCGGGUUUCUUUCAGAAGAUGUCUAGCUUACAGAAAAUCAAAUUGUCAAACAAUCAACUCAGGGCCAAUCUAUCAGAAAUCUUACUGCCGAAUGGGCUUGCAUUAUUGGAUCUCCACUCCAAUCAACUUUCGGGGUCACUAUCGGGACUACUGAGAUCAACCAGCAGUUUCUUGGAGUCUGUUGACCUCUCCAACAAUCAAAUCACAGGCAACAUCCCUGGUACAAUCUCGAAACUCGUUCAACUCAAGAAGUUGGAUGUUUCUAGGAAUCAUAUAACGGGAACGAUUCCUCCAAGUUUGGGAAAGCUGUCAAAGUUAGGGUGGCUAGAUAUAUCAGUCAACUCAAUCGGAGGAAAAAUACCCACGAGCUUGCUGGUGAUUAGACAAUUAAGGCAUGCUAACUUCAGGGCAAACAAGCUGUGUGGAGAAAUCCCACAAGGAAGGCCAUUAAACAUCUUCUCAUCAGCUGCUUAUGCACACAAUCUUUGCUUAUGUGGCAAGCCUCUGCCAGCUUGUAAGCAUGCUUAAACUAAGUGGUGGCUUGGAUUGGGCCAGUAGAAUGCUGACUCAUUGUAAAAGCACAGCACUGGUAGACAAGAGGGGCUAUGUUAUCUCUUUCGCUUUAAGUUUAUUGAUUUAAGCAUUAGAUUAGAUCGUUUCAUCAUUUCCCUAGAGCAAAUAAAUCAUGCUAGAGAUGUAGCAAAUGUUUGUUAAUUCAAAAUGAAA